GUUCUGGGUUUCGGUUUAACGUGUAGUGUUCUGUUAACUGGUGACCUUUUGCUGAGUGCCUGCCCGUAAUGACGGCGGCUGAAGACUAGAAACAAACUGUGAAAUUCGGCCUCGGACAUGGAAUUUGAGUGAAAAUCUAGCAACUGGACUGUUUAUUUCUCGCCUCACUGUUUUUCAGAAACUGAGUUUGGUGGACUGCUAAAGUGAAAGUUUACGUAGCGUUUACGUUACUGCAUAUUACUUAACGGAACGCCAACACCGUUGCGGAACCCUUCUACCUCAUUGGCACACAGAACUGGGGAAGGACUGCCUUUGGACCCUUCUCUGAGGAAUGGCGUUAUUUUUACUACGAGGAUGUUUGUUUAAAUGCAGAACGGACAUUAAGAGGGCAAUGUCAGCGACCCAGCCAUACUGCUCUUCAGUGACCUCAGGCAGGCAGCAUGUUAAUGGAGUGGACCUGUACUAUGAGCGGACAGGAAGAGGGAAACACGCACUGCUGUUGCUUCCUGGUGCUCUGGGAUGCACUCGAACGGAUUUUGGACCUCAGCUGAAGUCUCUGAAUAAGGAGCGCUUCACUAUAGUUGCCGUGGAUCCCCGUGGUUACGGACAGUCCCGCCCCCCUGACAGAGACUUCCCCCUUGACUUCUAUGAGAGGGAUGCAAAGGAUGCAUUGGAUCUGAUGAAGGCUUUGGGCUUUAGGAAGUUCUCUCUGCUUGGGUGGAGUGAUGGAGGAAUCACAGCUCUGAUUGCAGCAGGGAACAACCCUGACUUGAUCAGGAAGCUGGUCGUAUGGGGAGCCAAUGCCUUUAUCUCUCAGCAUGACCUCGAGCUUUACAAUGUGGUCCGUGAUAUUUCCAACUGGAGUGCGAAGAUGAGGCAGCCUAUGGAGGAGGUGUAUGGAGCAGAAGUCUUUGCUAAAAUCUGGGAGGCCUGGGUGGAUGGGGUCACACAAUUUGCAAAAAGACCAGAAGGGAGUAUCUGCAUGGAGCAUCUGCCCCUAAUCAGCUGUCCAACCCUCAUCAUCCAUGGAGAGAGAGACCCCAUGGUGCCCAGCUUCCACCCACAGUGUCUCCUUAAACACAUAAAGGGAUCACGGUUACACCUAAUACCGGAGGGUAAGCACAAUCUCCACCUAAAGUAUGCUGAUGAAUUCAACAAAGUAGUGGAAGACUUUCUUGAAAAUUGAGCGAUCCUUUAACACACUGAAUAUUUACACUAAGACUUAAUUUUGUUAAUUUCAAUUUAUUAAAAAGAACCAGUAAUAUAACUAUGUUUUAAUGUGCUUUAUACAUCUUGUUUUAAGUACCCAGUCAUUAUACUGUCACCUGUUACCAGUGAACCUGUCUACCUGUACCUACAUGUUUUUAAAGCAUUCCACAAAAUUCAGACUAAGCAGAUAUUUACAAAAAUCAGUGACAACUUUAAAGACAUUGUGUUUGUACUGUUUUUACCUGAGUAUACAGUAUGUGUAAAGGAAUUAUCAAAUGGUCACAUUCUGUUACAUUUAUGUUUUGUACAGUGUCCAAACUUGCUUGGAGUCAAGGUUCUGUUCUCAUUAGGCACCUAAUUGUUGGAAUUGCUACUUCAUUUCAAUGUAAAAAGUUUUGUAAAUAAAAUGUUUAUA